GAGCUCUCUGAGCAAAGCCCUCAGUUGAAACUCUAAGGCUCUGGGAAGGAAAUCAUUCUUGUGACUGUGACACACUCUCUCCAGUCCCCAUAUGCUGAGAUUAUGCUUCUUCAUCAGCUUGAUGUGCUUGGUGAGAACAGACACAGAUGAAACAUGUCCUUCAUUCACCCACCUGAGCUUCCACAGUGCAGUGGUUGGUACGGGACUCCAGGUAAAGUUGAUGCUCUAUACAAGGAGAGACCGGACCUGCGCACAAGUCAUCAACGCCACCGCUUUGGGGAACUUGAACGUGACCAAGAGAACCACCUUCAUUAUCCAUGGAUUCAGGCCAACAGGCACCCCUCCCGUUUGGAUAGGGGACUUAGUAAAGGGUUUGCUCUUUGUAGAGGACAUGAACGUGGUUGUUGUUGAUUGGAAUCGAGGAGCUACAACAAUAUUAUACUACAGGGCUGCUGAUAAGACCAGAAAAGUAGCAACAGUCUUGAAGAAAUUUAUCGAUCACCUGUUGAUAAAAGGAGCAUCUCUUGACGACAUUUACAUGAUUGGAGUAAGUCUAGGAGCCCACAUAUCAGGGUUUGUUGGAGAGGAGUACAAUGGGAAGCUGGGGAGAAUUACAGGCCUCGACCCUGCUGGCCCUUUAUUCAACGGGAAACCGCCCGAGGACAGAUUAGAUCCCAGCGAUGCACAGUUCGUUGACGUCAUCCAUUCCGACAUUGAUGCACUGGGCUACAAGGAACCAUUAGGAAACAUAGACUUCUAUCCAAAUGGAGGAUUGGAUCAACCUGGUUGCCCCAAAACAAUAUUUGGAGGAAUGCAGUACUUUAAAUGUGACCACCAGAAGUCCGUGUACCUGUAUCUCUCUUCCUUGAGAGAGAACUGCACUGUUACUGCGUAUCCUUGCGACUCCUACCGGGAUUAUAGGAACGGCAAGUGUGUCAGCUGUGGCAUACCACAAAAGGAGUCCUGUCCACUUCUGGGCUAUUAUGCUGAUAAUUGGAAAGACUAUUUAACGGAGAAAGACCCUCCUAUGACUAAAGCAUACUUUGACACAGCUGAGGAGAAACCGUUCUGCAUAUAUCAUUACUUUGUGGAUAUUAUAACUUGGAACAAGAACAUAAGAAGAGGGUCCAUUACAAUCAAAUUGAAAGACAAAGCUGGAAAUACCACAGAAUCCAAAAUCGAUCAUGAACCUGCAACAUUCCAGAAAUACCACCAAGUGAGUCUGCUUGCAAGGUUUAGUCGAGACCUGGAUAAAGUGGCAGACAUUUCCCUCGUGUUCUCUACAGGAUCUGUAGUAGGCCCGAGGUACAAGCUCAGGAUUCUCCGAAUGAAGUUAAGGUCACUUACCCAUCCAGAGAGGCCCCAGUUGUGUCGGUAUGACCUUGUUCUGAUGGAAAACGUUGAAACCGUCUUCCAACCUAUUCUUUGCCCAAAGUUGCAAUUGUAACUGUUGUCGGGACACAUGAGUACCAAGGAACAUCAAGAAAGCUAUGGCCGGCUUUCUGAGAGCUUUGCCUUCCUCACCGUCUCCUCCAGGCACAAAAAGUACGGAAUAACCAGGGUUUUUCCAGUCAUGUCCCAUGGAUGUCACAUUGCAAAAUGUCAGAUGACUUUGGAUUAUAGAACAGUCCUGAGAAGGCAGGCCUUAAGUAGGGCAAGUCUGAAAUAGCCAGGCCCCAGGCAGCCAGCGCCUUCUGUGGCUGCGUCCUGGGGCCUCCUUUGUGCUGCCCUGUGAUUCUGCUGCCUGUCACU